AUGGCAACGACCUCAUCACCACCUUUGACACUCCACCAAGUCGAGCUUGCAGCCAAAGCCAAGCUACCGCAGCAUAUAUACGAGUUCUAUGCUUCUGGCUCGGACGAUGAGGAAGCGCUGCGUCGCAAUGUUGAUGCAUUUAAUCGAUUGUUCAUCAGACCACGCGUCCUCAUCGAUGUCUCCCGCGUCGAUACGUCCACCAAAUUGUUCGGUUGGUCUUCACCACUUCCCAUCAGCAUAGCUCCUAGUGCCAUGCAGAAGCUGGCUGGUGGCGAGGGAGAGCUUGAUGUGGCCAGGGCUGCGGCGUCUGUGGGCGUCAAUGUGACCUUGUCAUCACAAUCGACCACUUCUCUCGAGGAUGUCCAGGCGGCCAGGCAAGAAGUCAUGAGAGAUGCUAGGCGUCACGAACCGCCACCGUGGAUGCAAUUGUACCUGUACGAAGACGUCAAGAAGAGCGUCAAUCUGAUUAGACGAGCCCAAGCUGCUUCAUACGAAGCCUUGGUCCUCACUGUCGACACUCCUGUCCUAGGUAAUAGACUAGCAGAGCGACGAACCGCCGUCAUCCUCCCCCCAGGCAUGAGCCUCCCCAACACCGAAAUCCCGUCCAAUUCCAACUUGAAACUUCCCAGCGUCAACCGCCUCCUCAUGAACGCCAGGACCGCCACGGAAGCGGCAGACCUCCUUGCUAGUGCUGGCUCUAGGAUGCAUAGCUCCAGCCUCACCUGGGUAAAAACCAUGUCAUUCCUCCGAGGGGUGACCAAGAUGAAGAUCAUCCUCAAGGGCAUCAUGACGGGGGAAGACGCAGCGCUGGCAGUCGAGCAUGGAGCCGACGCUAUCAUCGUCUCAAACCAUGGCGGACGUCAGCUGAGCAAUACCUGCGCAACAAUCGAGGCACUACCUGAAAUUGUCGAUGCCGUCAAAGGCCGUAUACCAGUCAUUCUAGAUGGAGGGAUCAGGACUGGAGCAGAUGUCUUCAGGGCGCUGGCAUUGGGGGCAGACUUUGUGUCGAUUGGUCGACCGGUGCUCUGGGGGCUCGCCUAUGCCGGGCAAAACGGUGUCGAGUCUGUAUUACACAUCCUGGAGAGGGAGUUCAGUCGAACGAUGGCUUUGGCGGGGGUAAAUAAGGUGGCGGACAUCAAGAGGGAUAGGCUUGGAGUUGUGGCAAGGGAUGGAUUUGGGAUUGCAAAGCUGUGA